UUUUGCUAUCGCCGCCCUCCUCUUUUCCCCGCCACAUGUCCGGCUGCGGUCAGCACUCCAGCUUUCACCCCGUUCUGAUCUGGAAAUUGCCAGUCGCCGUCCCUUUCUGCCACGUGUCCCCCCUCCCCUCUAUAUAUUCGUUCCUCUCCCUUGCGUUCUGAGUUUCAAGCGCCGUCCCGUUGUUCAAACCAAACACCGCCUCCACACCCAAACCCAGAGAGAGAGAGAGAGAGGUUAAAGAUGACGGCGGAGUUACAGUUACCACCAGGCUUCCGCUUCCAUCCGACGGAUGAGGAGCUCGUGAUGCACUAUCUCUGCCGGAAAUGUGCGUCGCAGCCGAUCGCCGUCCCCAUAAUCGCCGAGAUAGAUCUUUACAAAUACGACCCAUGGCAACUACCCGAGAUGGCCCUGUACGGCGAGAAGGAGUGGUAUUUCUUUACGCCGAGGGAUCGGAAGUACCCGAACGGGUCCAGGCCGAACCGGGCGGCCGGGACCGGGUACUGGAAGGCGACCGGAGCGGAUAAACCAAUAGGGCAUCCGAAACCGGUUGGGAUAAAGAAGGCCUUGGUGUUUUACGCCGGGAAGGCUCCGCGAGGAGAGAAGACGAAUUGGAUCAUGCACGAGUACCGGCUCGCCGAUGUGGACCGCUCCGCCCGCAAGAAGAACAGCCUGAGGCUGGACGAUUGGGUGCUGUGCCGCAUAUACAAUAAGAAAGGGACCAUCGAGAAGCAACACGUGGCUGCCCGGAAACCCAACCUCGCCGGAACUGACGAGCAGAAGCCAAAGGUGCAGAUCUCGUCCGGAAUGCUGCCGCCUCCGCCGCCAGCGUCGACUCCGUCCCCGUCCUCCGCGGCGUUCAACGAGUAUGUGUACUUCGACACGUCGGAUUCGGUGCCAAGGCUGCACACGGACUCCAGCUGCUCGGAGCACGUGUUGUCGCCGGAGUUCACGUGCGAGAGGGAGGUGCAGAGCGAGCCCAAGUGGAAUUGGGAAAACACCCUCGACCUGCCACUUAAUUACGAGGAUACCACCGGCCACUCCGCGUUCGCACCUCCCCCACAUCCUCCUCAGUUUCCGGGCGUUAAUCAGAUGUCGCCGCUCCAGGAUAUGUUCAUGUACCUGCAGAGGCCAUACUGAUGUGGCAUGACUUCAUUGGUUGUCCUAGGCACCCGCACGGUGACGGGAGACGGAAAAGUCCGUGAGCGCGCUGGUGCGGGUGGCAUACAUGAGAUUUAGCUGCUAGCGAAAUAUUUUGGGAAAAAUCAUUUGUGGGGCCCCUUGGGCUUUGAGCUGUUGAUCGCUCAUCAAACGGUGCAAAUUGAGAUACAUGUCUGCUUCUACACUGUGUACAAGAAUGUAUAUAACGGGCCAUGAGGAUUUACACUAUGAUUUUGAGUAGCUCCAUGAUGGACGGUCUAAAUUUUAUGCUUGUAUUAAAGUUUUGAAUUUGAAGGUAGAAUUUGCAUCA